CUCCCCGCCGGGAGCCCGCCUGCCAUGGACUCGGAGUACUACGGCGGCGACCAGUCAGAUGAUGGCGGUGCUACCCCGGUUCAGGAUGAGCGGGACUCUGGGUCAGAUGGCGAAGACGAUGUGAAUGAGCAGCACUCGGGAUCGGAGGCUGGCAGUGUAGAUCACCACUCAGAGAAUGAAUCUAGCGAUCGAGAAGAUGGCCUCACAAAAAGACAUCCCGUGACAGACUCUGAGAAUGACGAGCGCUCGAACCUCAACGCCAGUGACUCUGAGAGUGAGGAGCUGCACCAGCAGAAGGAGAGCGGUUCCGAGUCGGAGGGGCAGGCCGAGCCUCCUGCGAGUGACUCUGAAAAUGAGGACGCCAAUCAGCCCCACAGUGACUCCGAGAGUGAGGAGGCCAGGAAAGGACCCGGGAGCGACUCAGACAACGAGGAGCUCCUCAACGGGCACGCAAGUGACUCAGAAAGUGAAGAGGUUAGAAAGCGUGCUGCCAGCGAUUCUGAGCCUGAAGAGCCCCCCAAGAGCCCUGCCAGCGACUCGGAAGCUGAGGAAGCUCUGAAGCCCCAAGCUAGCGACUCGGAGAGUGAGGAGCCUGUGAGACAGCAGGCCAGCGACUCGGAGAACGAGGACCCUCCCAGGGCGCAGAUGAGUGACUCAGAGAGCGAGGAGCUCCCCAAGCCCCGGGUCAGUGACUCGGAGAGCGAGGAGCCCCCAAGGACCCAGGCCAGUGACUCGGAAGCAGAGGAGCUUCCCAAACCCCGUGUCAGUGAGUCUGAAAGUGAGGACCCCCCAAGGCAACAGGCCAGUGACUCAGAAGCGGAGGAGCUCCCCAAACCCCGCAUCAGUGACUCUGAGAGCGAGGAGCCCCAGAAGGGACCCGUCAGUGACUCGGAGAGCGAGGCCACCUCCAGGCACAAACAGAAGCCACAGUCAGAUGAUGACAGUGAUGGGGAAAAUAAGGGCCAGGGGACAGAGGUGCAGGGUGACCCCUUGCAUGCAGAGAGCCACACGGACAGGAAAAGGUUUCACAGCUCGGACAGUGAGGAGGAAGAACCCAAAAGGCCGAAAGUAGACAGCGAUGAAGAGGAGGAGAAAGAGGGUGAGGAGAAAGUCACCAAGCGAAAAGCAGUGCUUUCUGAUAGUGAAGAUGAAGAGAAAGCGUCCGCAGCGAAGAAGAGUCGUGUGGUUUCUGAUGCCGAUGACUCUGACAGUGACGUUCCAUCCGGCAAGAGAGAGAAGGCUGUCGCCUCUGACAGUGAAGAGGAAGUGGGGAAAGAGCUAUCUGAUAAGAAGAAUGAAGAGAAGGAUUUAUUUGGAAGUGACAGCGAGUCAGGCAAUGAAGAAGAAAAUCUCAUCGCUGACAUAUUUGGAGAAUCGGGUGAUGAAGAGGAAGAAGAAUUCACAGGUUUCAACCAAGAAGAUUUGGAAGAAGAAAAGGGUGAAAGCCAGGUAAAGGAGGCUGAAGAUUCGGAUUCUGAUGACAACAUCAAGAGAGGCAAGCACAUGGACUUCCUGUCAGAUUUUGAGAUGAUGCUGCAGAGGAAAAAGAGCAUGAGCGGCAAGCGCAGGCGUAACCGUGACGGCGGCACCUUCAUUAGUGACGCAGACGACGUAGUGAGUGCCAUGAUCGUGAAGAUGAACGAGGCUGCUGAGGAAGACAGACAGUUGAACAAUCAAAAAAAACCAGCACUGAAGAAGUUAACUUUAUUGCCUACAGUGGUUAUGCACCUCAAGAAGCAGGACCUGAAGGAAACCUUUAUCGACAGUGGUGUGAUGUCAGCCAUCAAAGAAUGGCUCUCCCCACUCCCGGACAGGAGCUUGCCAGCACUGAAGAUUCGGGAAGAACUGUUGAAGAUCCUCCAAGAGCUGCCUAGUGUGAGCCAGGAGACUCUGAAGCAUAGUGGGAUUGGACGAGCAGUGAUGUAUCUCUAUAAACACCCCAAGGAGUCGAGGUCCAACAAGGACAUGGCAGGGAAAUUAAUCAAUGAGUGGUCUCGGCCUAUAUUCGGUCUUACCUCGAACUACAAAGGAAUGACAAGAGAGGAAAGAGAACAGAGGGAUCUAGAACAGAUGCCUCAGCGACGGAGAAUGAACAGCACUGGUGGUCAGACGCCUCGCAGAGAUCUGGAAAAGGUGCUAACAGGAGAAGAGAAGGCUCUCAGACCUGGAGAUCCUGGGUUCUGUGCUCGCGCGCGGGUCCCAAUGCCCUCAAACAAGGACUACGUGGUGAGGCCCAAGUGGAAUGUGGAGAUGGAGUCGUCCCGGUUUCAGGCGUCCUCCAAGAAAGGCAUAAGCCGGCUCGACAAGCAGAUGAGGAAGUUCACAGACAUCCGCAAAAAGAGCCGUUCGGCACACGCUGUGAAGAUCAGCAUUGAAGGCAAUAAGAUGCCUUUGUGACCUCUUUGGGUAGCUGCAUCCCAGGAAAUGAGUGGGAAAUGAGAUCUUUUACAUGUUUUUUGGUGUGUCUAUAAACGGUUUAGCUUGUUUCAGAUGUUGUUGUAGGACUCACGUUUCCCUCCAUUGUAUUUAAAACUGUUGUGUACUUUGUACAGAGGAAUAUUAGUCAGACUUGUAUAAGCUUUACACAAUAAAGUUUCAUUCUGGUUUUA